AUGAGGUUUGGUAACUUGUUAGGCCUUACGAUUAUCAACUUGUUUUGGAUAGACUUUCACUAUGCAUAUCCUUCCACUUCCAAAAACAGCAACCCCACCAAUUCUAGGCGUUGGUUAAACCUCUUAAAUAUGGAUAUGUCUAGUAGUGACAAGAAAUUGCUUGCUAACUCGAUUUAUGACAUGUUUAGUUUCGCAUAUGAUAGUUACUUAAAAUAUGGGUUCCCUUAUGAUGAACUAAACCCGAUUGACUGCGUUGGCCGUGGUUAUGAUCACGAAAAUCCUGAUAAUAUAAAUGUGAACGAUGUUCUUGGUGACUAUUUACUCACGCUUAUAGACUCUCUUGAUACAUUAGCAAUCAUGGGCAAAACCGAAGAUUUUAGAAAUGCAGUUAGUUUAGUCAUCAAACACCUUUCGUUUAAUCAAAAGACAAGGGUUCAAGUUUUCGAAGCAACUAUUAGAGUCCUAGGAGGUCUUUUAUCAGCACAUAUAAUCAUUACAGACCCAACUGAGUCAUUUGGUCGUCUGCGACCACCGGGAUAUGAUGAUGAAUUACUGAACCAUGCACAUAAUCUAGCGAAUCGGAUGCUGAACGCUCUUUACGACACACCAACUGGGAUACCUUACCCCAGAUUUCACCUAGAUUCUGGUCUGAAAGAUAAUACAACAACUGAAAACUGCCUCGCUGGUGCUGGCUCCUUAUUACUGGAAUUCGGCUCCUUAAGUGCAUUACUCAAUGAUUCUAGUUACGCUUCGAUAGCUCGCCGCAUUGUUUUAAAUCUAUGGAAAAAGCGUUCAAGUGUUUCUGGACUUUUCGGCUCAACAAUCGAUGUGGAUUCAGGUGAAUGGAUAAAUCGAAUGAGUGGUCUCGGUGCUGGACAAGAUUCAUUUUUGAAUAUUUACAUAAGGCAUAUAUUCUAUUUGGUGAUAAUCAAUUGGGACAAAUGUUCAAUGAGGCAUUAA